GUGAUCGACUUGAUAGGAUUAUCUAUAUCGGGUAUAAUGGCCGGAUAAAUUAUCGUAAAAUAAUGGGGGGCUUGAAAUCCAAAACUAUUAUUUUCAGUUCUGUCUUAUUAACACGAAUUAAGCAAAUGGAUGAUAUUGCAGUAUCAGUUAGCACAAAUGAUAUUUUGAAUGAGGAAUUACUUGUACUACCAGUUGGACUUGGAAGACCCUUGUCACGAGAAGAAGUACAACGAGACAUAGAAGAAAGAUAUUUAAUACCUCGUACUUCAUUCCCAACUUCGUGGUUAUUCAAAUGUCAACAAUUAUUGGAACGUGAGCCCGAUUUUAUUUCAUUAACUGUAUUGGAACCAUCAAAACCACGAACUACUUUGGAAAUUGCUCGAGAUGGUCCUGAUGGAAAAAUUAUUGGAUAUAAAGAAGUUGUGGUUACUGAUUUGAAUUUGACUGUCAAAAAUUCAACAUCAUUAUUACGUGAACCUGGAUCUAUAAAUCAUUUUGUCAGAGGAGCUUCUAGUCAAUUUCCAUUCACUCCUGGUGGAUUGGAACCUGAAGUGAUGGUUGACGCAGAAGUGAUAAAUGAUAUUAUUGAUAAGGAAAUUCCGUUGAGUUUCGAAGAUGUUGAAAUUUUAUCGAUACCUCCAGGAUUUGACCGUGGUUUAAUAUUUGAAGAUGAAAAAGACCGUCAAAUUCGAUCUACAAAUAAAUAUGUGGGAUUAAAUAUUACUGAUAUGAUUACUCAUGACGAGGAUGAACUGACCGAAUUCCUUGAACCUUUGUAUGAAACGGAAGAUGUUCGGGAUAAUAAAGUACAAGAAGAUAUUGAACUCGUGAAAGUGGAGAAAAAUGAAGAAACAGAAGUAACAAGUAAAGAUAUAAAAGACGAAGACUCUGUUGAUAACCUUUUACCAACUCAGCCGCCUCCACUUGAAGGCUCAAGUGUAGCAAGUAAAGUAAGUAAAGCAAAUUCUCGAAAGCAAGAGUGGGCUCAUGAGGUAAAAAUGGAUAUGGAGAAUUUUAAAGAACUUGUUCCAGAGCUUGCUUAUGAGUUCAAAUUUGAAUUGGAUAUAUUUCAAAAACAAGCAAUUUACCAUCUGGAAAAUGGGGAUUCAGUAUUUGUGGCUGCUCAUACUUCAGCCGGUAAAACUGCAGUCGCUGAAUAUGCUAUAUCUUUAGCUUCAAAACAUAUGACACGAACUAUAUAUACAUCCCCGAUUAAGGCUCUCUCAAAUCAAAAAUAUAGUGAUUUUAAAACUAAGUUUGAUGAUGUUGGUAUAUUAACAGGAGAUAUACAAAUUCGACCUGAAGCUUCUUGUUUGAUUAUGACAACAGAAAUUUUAAGGUCAAUGUUAUAUAAAGGAGCCGACUUGAUCAGAGAUGUCGAAUUUGUUAUAUUUGAUGAAGUUCAUUAUAUUAAUGAUUCAGAGCGUGGUGUGGUAUGGGAAGAAGUUAUUAUCAUGUUACCUGCUCACGUAAAUCUUGUUCUUUUAUCGGCUACUGUACCGAAUACAAAAGAAUUUGCUGAUUGGAUUGGGCGAACAAAAAAGAAAGAAAUUUAUGUAAUUAGUACAUAUAAACGUCCCGUACCACUUGAACAUUAUUUAUAUGCUGAAAAUGAACUUUAUAAAAUUGUUGAUGCGAAAAAAGUCUUCUCAGAUCAAGAAUGGAAGAAAGCUCAAAAUGCAUUAAACAAAGAGAAAGAAUCGAAAGGAAAUGCUAGUGACGCCCGUGGAGGACGUGGAGGACGUGGAGGACGUGGACGUGGAAGUGGUCGCAAUGGUACCAGGCAAAGAGGUAGAGGUGGGGGUGGGGGAGAUCCUAGAGCUCAGCAACAGCAAAAUAAAAAUUUAUGGACAAAUAUUAUUAAUUUAUUGAAAAAGAGAGAUUUAUUGCCAGUAAUAAAUUUUACUUUCUCGAAAAAGAGAUGUGAUGAUUUUGCUGCGGCUCUCAGUAAUUUGGAUCUUUGUACUAACUCCGAGAAAAGUGAGAUACACGUUUUUAUCGAGAAAAGUUUGACUCGUCUAAACGAAUCUGACAAGAGUUUACCUCAAGUAUUGAGAAUUAGAGAAUUAUUGAAAAGAGGUAUUGCUGUACAUCAUGGUGGAUUACUUCCAAUCAUUAAAGAGAUGGUAGAGAUCCUAUUUGGAAGAAAGCUGGUUAAAGUUCUUUUUGCCACAGAAACUUUCGCUAUGGGUAUAAAUAUGCCGGCACGUACAGUUGUAUUUUCUGAAAUAAGAAAACAUGAUGGAAAAAAUUUUCGUGAUUUGUUGCCGGGAGAAUAUACACAAAUGUCUGGACGAGCGGGAAGACGUGAUAUAGAUAAAUUUGGUUAUGUCAUUAUUACUCCUAAAAAUGGCGAAGUUCCUAAUCCAUCUUUACUUGAUGAGAUGAUAUUGGGUAAGCCUACGAAAUUGGAGUCCAAAUUUCGUCUCACUUAUAAUAUGAUACUUAAUUUAUUACGUGUUGAGGCCUUGCAAGUUGAAGACAUGAUUAAACGAAGUUUUUCUGAGAAUAAAAGUCAGAAAAUGUUGCCGAUGCAUGAAAAAAGUUUUGCGGAAAGUGAAAACAGGCUUAGCACAUUUCAAAAACUUGAAUGCUCUAUAUGUACUCGAGAUAUAAAUGAUUAUUAUGAUGUUUCGGCGGAUAUUGUUAGAUUGACUUCUUCUCUUUAUAAUAAACUCAUGAAUUCGUCCAAUUCGCACCUAGUAUAUAAAGCUUUAAGUCCGGGAAGAAUAGUUAUUAUUAAUAACGGCGCUUAUAGGAAUGUAGCGGCUGUUAUAUUGAGGCAACCACCUAAAAAUAAGACUCUUUUGGCAUCAGCAGGCUCUAAAAUUGUUCCUGAUGACAAAACAUAUAAAGUCUUUACGCUUUUAGACAAGGAUAACAACAUGUCUGAACGAGAGAGUUCACCGCUUCCUGUCACAAAGUUAUCUAUUCCUAAUCCAAAUUCAUAUACACACAAAAUAGAUUCUAUACCUUACAGAGAUAUUGCUUUUAUAACGAAAUCUUCUAUCAAAAUAAACUCCGAUAAUAUUGAUAAGGGUGAUAAAGGUGAAAUUUCUAGAAUAUCUCAAGAGUUAUUGCGGUAUGCAGAUACAACACAAAAAGGCAGAAUAAUUGAAUAUGAUUGGUCAAGAAUAUCUGAGUUGGAUUUUAGAAUUAACUUGGAAGAAAGAGAUAAGUUAAUGGAAAAAUUAAUUUUAUUUCAGUGUAUAAUGUGUACAGAGUUUAUUGAACAUUAUAAAAAUAUACAUAAAGAACGAUUACUUAAAAGAAACUUGGAUGAUUUAAAAAAUACUAUAUCAGAACAAAAUCUAGAAUUAUACCCGGAUUUUGAACAAAGAAUAGGUGUAUUACAAAAACUCAAUUAUAUUGAUGAGGAUCGUAUCUUACAGCUAAAAGGACGUGUUGCAUGUGGGAUCAAUUCAGCCGACGAAUUGAUUGUUACCGAAUUAAUAUUUGAAAAUGUUUUAGCAGAUUAUGAAGCUGAGGAGAUUGUUGCUUUGUUAUCAUGUUUCAUAUUCCAAGAGAAAAAUAAAAGUGUUGCCCCGCCAAACCUUACACCAAGGUUAAAGAAAGGAUUAAAAACUAUAUAUGAUAUUGCAUGUCGUGUUGAUAAUGUACAGCUUGAAUUUGGCAUUUCCCCUUCUGAAGACGAAGAUUUUAGAGAUUUUAAUGAUAGAAAUUCUAAAGAUCCUAAAGAUUCUAAAAAUUUUAGAGAUCCUAGGGAUCCUAAAAAUCCUAAAGAUCCUAAAGAUCCUAAAAAUUCUAAAGAUGUCGAUGAUGAAAUUAAAAAUAUUAGACAUAAGCAUAUAAAAUAUGGACUUGUUGAAGUUGUUCAUGAAUGGGCUAAAAAAACGGAAUUUAUAAAGAUUAAAGAAUUAACUGAUGUAUCAGAAGGAUCUAUCGUAAGAUGCAUUACAAGAUUAGAUGAAACUUGCAGAGAAGUUAAAAGUGCCGCUAGAAUUAUUGGGGAUUCUUCAUUAUUUAAUAAAAUGGAAGAAGCUCAACAACGUAUUAAACGUGACAUUGUAUUUGCUAAAAGUUUGUAUUUUUAACUUCUUUCUGGCUUCAUUUGUUGUUCUUAAAUAAAGAUAAACAUAAUAAUUUUGUAAUAAACUAAUUUAUUAAAAUCGCCCUUUUGUUGCUUAAUUUUUAAUAAAACAACUCGAACGCCAAACAUAAUUUAAACCUUUGAUGUUAAAGUUGUGCAUACAUUAUUUCAUUUGUCGCGAAAUAAAUCAUUUAAUCGAAACCAUAAGAUUAACCAACAAUCUAGUUAUAAAAAACGAGCCAUGUUAAUUAAUUUUCUUUAUGUUUCUGUGUCCUGAUAUUCCUCUCUUAGUAAGAUGGAUUUUAAUAUCCAAUUUUUUUUUGAUGAUUCUUCUAUCAGCUCUCAUCUUAAUAACCAGGGUAUUUUAAAUCAUCUAUUCUUUCUUGGUUUCGCUGACCAAUUCUUUCAUUUCAUUUUGUUCUAUUAAUAUUUGACUGGAUAAAUUCACUGAAAAAUUAUAAAUCGGGAAGAUGUCUCACGUAGAUAAUUUU